UGUCAUCUUUUCCGGUUGCCAUAUUGAAGAAGUUUUCAUAUAUACGUGUCCCUGUGGUAGCCUCUCAACCAAGGUGUUUUAGUUCUUAAUUAGAAGCCAUGGAAAUGAGGAGGAGUUUGGUUGAGGCUCCGGUAGUCUUCGUCUUCGUCUUCUUCUUCUUCUUCAUCAGUGCGAGCUCAUUGGGAGAUGAUGCGGAUGAGCAUGAUCUGGGUUUAGGGGCUUCGUUUAUCUUUGGCGAUUCUUUGGUUGAUGCAGGAAAUAACAACUAUCUGCGGACCUUGUCCAGAGCGAAUAUCCGGCCUAACGGGAUCGAUUUUAAGCCAUCUGGAGGAAAUCCCACCGGCCGCUACACCAACGGCAGAACCAUCGGAGAUAUUGUCGGAGAGGAACUUGGACAGCCGCAUUACGCAGUGCCAUUUCUGGCCCCAAAUUGCACCGGAAAAGCCAUAUUACACGGCGUCAACUACGCGUCCGGUGGCGGCGGGAUUUUGAAUGCCACCGGAAGGAUAUUUGUGAACAGGCUUUCCAUGGACAUCCAAGUUGAUUACUUCAAUAUUACUAGAAAAGAAAUUGACAAACUGUUAGGUUCAUCCAAGGCAAGAGACUACAUUAAGAAGAGAUCGAUUUUCUCAAUCACAAUCGGAUCAAACGAUUUUCUGAACAAUUAUCUACUUCCAGUCCUCUCAAUAGGGGCAAGGGUAUCCCAGAGUCCAGACGCUUUCAUCGACGAUCUUAUUAACCACCUUAGAGGCCAGCUUACGAGACUGUACGAACUAGACGCGAGAAAGUUUAUAGUGGGAAAUGUUGGGCCUAUCGGAUGCAUACCCUAUCAAAAAACCAUCAAUCGGCUGAACGAAAACGAAUGCGUAGAAUUAGCAGACAAGCUGGCGCAUCAGUACAACGCCCGGUUCAAGGCUCUGCUGACCGAGCUAAAUCAAAAGCUUCCCGGAGCCACGUUCGUUCACGCAAAUGUCUAUGAUCUUGUGAUGGAACUCAUUGCAAACUAUGCCGAACAUGGAUUUACGACAGCAAGUAAGGCGUGCUGUGGGAAUGGAGGGCAGUUUGCAGGGAUCAUUCCAUGCGGGCCGACGUCUAGCAUGUGCUCGGAGCGUGACAAGCACGUGUUCUGGGAUCCUUACCACCCCAGCGAGGCUGCCAAUAUCAUCAUCGCCAAGCAACUCGUCAACGGAGACGCCAAAUACAUUUCCCCCAUUAAUCUUCGACAACUCCGAGAUCUUUGAUACUAAUUUUAUUUAAUUUCUGGGAUGCUUCCUAGAACUUCAUGUUACUUAAUUUGAAGCUGUUUGUAUCGUAACAUGUUAAUUGAAAAAAGAAAUAUAUUCUAUACUAAAUAAUCUCUCUCAAAAUUCAAUCGACACUUUCAGGUUGUUGGUUCCUGAGGUCCGUAGUAGUGUGGCAGCGAUUUACGUGUGGGUACGCUUAGGAGAUUGCGUGACCCAUUUUGCUUCGCCAUCA